AUGAAGAAGGGAAGCAAAAACGGCAGCAAUAGUCCGAAGUCUGAUGUGAGGAAAGAUAGGAAAUCAGGCACUGGAAUGAGUGGAUCUCCUAAGAAAGGAGGCCAUGGGGGCAAGUUCACUUGGGUUGGCGAUGGCUACUCUCAGGCUGAGAUUGGGUUCGAGAAGGAAUCUGUGGAUGUGAAGGACCCCAACUUUGAAGACCCAGAAGAGAUCCAGACUGUUUGA